CUGUCUGUUGCCUCUUUGCAGGUUGCAGCUAUGGAAGUGGUCUCGACAUCAGUUGGCAAGUUUUCAGUUGAUUUUUUCAACAAGAUGAAUGAGACCAACAAGGGGAAAAACAUUUUCUUUUCUCCUUGGAGCAUAUCAUCUGCUCUGGCUCUAAUGUACCUGGGUGCAAAAGGCAAUACAGCAACAGAGAUGGCAGAGGUUCUUCAUUUCACUCAAGCAGCAGGAGCUGAAGGCUCUUCUUCUGUGGCCAGACCUUCUCGGGGAAGACCAAAGAGAAGAAAAAUGGAUCCUGAGCACAAGCAAGCUGAAAAUAUCCAUUCUGGCUUCAAAGAGCUCAUGACUGCCAUCAACAAACCCAAAAGCACCUACUCGCUGAGAACUGCCAACCGCAUUUACGUGGAAAAAACCUUCCCAUUGUUGCCCGUAAGUUGAAUCUCAAAGAGGAGU